AGUCAGUUCGGGUCUUCGGCAAUUUCCGGGUCCUGCUAGUUUCUCGGGGUGGGCGCGCCGCGGGGUGCGGCUGGUGUGUGCCGGGCUGGCGCCCGACCCCAGCCGCUCUCCUGCGGGCCGCGCGCGCCCCCACUCGCCUCCCCCAGGGCCCCUGGCUCCACUGAGUUCAAAAAUGUCUGGAAAUGACAAACAGCCACUUUUUGUGAAGUUUUUGAAGUCAUCAGGCAAUUCCGAAUAUUUUCUUAAAGCUCUUGAGUCAAUAAAAGAAUUCCAAUCAGAAGAAUAUCUUCAGAUUAUUACAGAAGAAGAGGCAUUGAAGAUAAAGGAGAAUGAUAGAUCACUUUAUAUCUGUGACCCUUUUAGUGGUGUUGUCUUUGAUCACCUCAAAAAGCUUGGCUGCAGAAUUGUUGGUCCUCAAGUCGUCAUAUUUUGUAUGCGCCACCAGCAGUGUGUCCCAAGGGCUGAACAUCCAGUUUAUAACAUGGUUAUGUGUGAUGUAACUGUAUCUUGUACCAGCCUGGAAAAAGACAAAAGGGAAGAAGUUCAUAAAUAUGUGCAAAUGAUGGGUGGAUACGUAUACAGAGACCUUAAUAUGUCAGUUACACACCUCAUUGCCGGAGAAGUUGGUAGCAAAAAGUAUUUAGUUGCUGCAAAUCUAAGGAAACCUAUUUUGCUUCCUUCUUGGGUAAAAACACUUUGGGAGAAGUCACAAGAGAAUAAAAUAACUAGAUAUACCGAAGUAAACAUGGAAGACUUCAAAUGUCCUAUUUUCCUUGGUUGCAUAAUCUGCGUGACUGGCUUAGAUGGCCCAGAAAGAAAGAGAGUUCAGCAGCUCACAGUUAAGCAUGGAGGUCAAUACAUGGGACAACUGAAAAUGAAUGAAUGUACACACCUCAUUGUGCAAGAACCAAAAGGUCAGAAAUAUGAGUGCGCCAAGCGAUGGAAUGUUCAUUGUGUGACCACGCAGUGGUUUUUUGACAGUGUUGAGAAAGGUUUUUGUCAGGAUGAAUCCAUAUACAAGAUAGAGCCUAGACCGGAAACAAAGACUAUGCCUGAUACUUCAACUCCUACUGGCCAGAUUAACACAGGUGAUAGUCGGACUCUCUCAGAUGUGAGCCAUAUUUCCAACAUCACUGCAAGUUGCAUAAAUGAAUCGAUGUGUAACUCCAUUUUUAAUAGCAAAGUGGAUCCUAUGCUUGAAAAUCUAGAAAAUCUGGAUGUCAGUGCCUUUCAGUCACCUGAGGAUUUAUUAGAUGGUUGUCGGAUAUAUCUUUGUGGUUUUAGUGGCAGAAAAUUAGAUAAACUGAGAAGGCUCGUUAACAACGGAGGUGGAGUUCGUUUUAACCAGCUCAACGAAGAUGUAACUCAUGUUAUCGUGGGAGAUUAUGAUGAUGAAUUGAAGCAGUUUUGGGAUAAAUCAGCCCACAGGCCUCACGUGGUGGGAGCACAGUGGCUGCUAGAGUGUUUCAGCAAAGGUUAUAUGCUUCCUGAAGAGCCAUACAUCCACGCUAGUUACAGGCAGGUGGAAAUUCCAGUCUCAGAUCAGCCUGAAAGUAAAACAUCCCUUUUAAAAAGGAAUAGCAGCUUCUCCAAGAAAGAGAGUGCUUCUGCCAAAAAGCAUGAGCAAGCUGAUGAAGACCUGCUCUCUCAAUAUGUAAAUGAUAUCCCAACAGUAGUUGAAGCUGCAAAGUCCGAAGUUGGGGCCUUUAAUGACACUACUUAUGUUCAGCCCUUCAGUGAUUCUACUCAUAUUUCUCUGCAAGAGGAAAAGCGAUCUUCUGUCAGUCACUGCCUCCCUGAUGCUUCUACAAUUACAGAAGAAGGUUUAUUUAGCCAAAAGAGUUUCCUUGUUUUGGGUUUUAGUAAUGAAAAUGAAUCUAACAUUGCAACUGUCAUAAGAGAAAAUGCUGGGAAAAUCGUAUCCCUUCAGAGCCGAACUGUUGCUGAUUAUACUGUGGUUCCUCUGCUGGGCUCUGACAUAGAAGCAACGGUGGGGGAAGUUGUUACAAAUACAUGGCUGGUAACUUGUAUAGACUCUCAGACUUUAAUUGAUCCAAAGUCAAGUCCCCUCUUCAAGCCAGUGCCAGUAAUGGCAGGAAAGACUCCUUUAGAGGACUGUGUUAUUUCAUUCAGCCAGUGUGCAGGAGCCGAAAAAGAUUCUUUGACAUUCUUAGCAGAGCUCCUUGGAGCAAGUGUUCAAGAAUUCUUUGUCCGCAAAGCCAAUGCAAAGAAAGGCAUGCUUGCUAGUACACAUCUUGUAUUGAAGACACCAAGCGGUUCUAAAUAUGAAGCUUCCAAGAAGUGGAAUUUACCGGCAGUCACCAUAGCUUGGCUGUUGGAGACUGCUAGAAUUGGAAAGAGAGCAAGUGAAAGCCAUUUUCUGAUUGAAAAUUCAACUAAAGAAGAGCAAAGUUUAGAGACUGUAAUAGCAAAUGGGGUGACUCUACAUUCAGAUGCCCCAGAGCAUCCUGCCCCAUGCCUGGGCGUGCACAGGAAAACGGCCGUCACACCUUUAGAUAUGAACCGCUUUCAGAGUAAGGCUUUCCAUGCCGUGGUAUCACAGCACACCCGGCAGGUGCCAGUCUCCCCGGCAGGACAGCCACUCCAGAAAGAGCCCUCGUUACACCUGGACACACCAUCCAAAUUUCUGUCCAAGGACAAACUCUUCAAGCCUUCCUUUGACGUAAAGGAUGCACUGGCAGCCUUGGAGACUCCAGGCAGACCUAGCCAAAAGAGAAGGAAACUGAGUACCCCGCUCUCAGAAGUCAUCGGCAGAAACUUGAAGCUUGCUUUGGCAAAUAGCUCUCGAGAUGCUGUUGCUCUUUCUGCCAGCCCUCAACUGAAGGAUGCUCAACCAGAGAUGGAAGAAGCUCCAAAGCCACUUCACACAGCAGUGGUCUGUGUCAGUAAAAAACUCAGUAAGAAGCAGAGCGAACUAAAUGGGAUUGCAGCCUCUCUGGGAGCAGAUUACAGGUGGAGUUUCGAUGAAACAGUGACUCAUUUCAUCUAUCAAGGGCGACAGAAUGACACUAACCGAGAGUAUAGAUCUGUGAAGGAAAGAGGAAUACACAUUGUUUCAGAGCACUGGCUUUUAGAAUGUGCCCAAGAGUAUAAACACCUUCCUGAGUCCCUGUAUCCACAUACUUACAACCCCAAAAUGAGCUUGGAUAUCAGCGCAGUGCAAGAUGACAGAGUCCGUCAUAGUCGACUGCCCUCAGCUGAUGGGACAGCAAAGGAUGACGAGGCAGAUCAUUUGCCUGUAGAAGAAAAUGAUAUAGAUAGUAUGAUGACCAGUAACAAAGAAGGAGCAACAUCAAAUGAAAAUGGAAGGAAUGACUCUAAAGGAGCUCUGACACAGACCUUGGAGAUGAGAGAGAAUUUCCAAAAGCAGCUGCAGGAGAUCAUGUCUGCAACAUCAAUGGUGAAACCCCAAGGGCCGAGGACCUCCUUUGGCAGAAAUGGCUGUAACAGCACCUCUUCAACCCCUGAGAGUGCUCGCUCCACCCGCACUGGACGCAGUAGAGUCCUGGAGGCCUUGAGGCAGUCUCGCCAGACAGCACCUGAUGUCAACACUGAGCCCUCCCAAAAUGAACAGAUCAUUUGGGAUGACCCUACCGCCAGAGAGGAGCGGGCAAGGCUCGCCAGCAAUUUGCAGUGGCCGAGCUGUCCCACGCAGUACUCGGAACCACAGGUUGACGUGAAGAACCCGGAGGGUUCUCCUUUGCAGGACCCGUUACCUGAUUUAAAAAUUGUUGAACAUGCUGUCCAUGAUCCUGGAAAUGUGUGUGCAACUGAAGCUCCAAAACACCCAGUCUCUGAAGAACAGGAAACUCCAUUAAAAGACAGCCACCUGAUCCCUACACCUCAGGCCCCCAGCAUUGCCUUCCCCCUGGCCAACCCACCCGUGGCUCCACAUCCUAGAGAAAAGAUUAUAAUACAGGAGACUCAUGAAGACUUAAAAAAACAGCACACAUUUCAGUUGUCAUCUCUGAACCCUCAAGAACGUAUUGAUUAUUGUCAUCUGAUUGAGAAACUAGGUGGCUCGGUAAUAGAGAAGCAGGCCUUCGACCCCAGCUGCACACACAUCGUGGUGGGACACCCGCUGCGCAACGAGAAGUAUCUGGCCUCCCUGGCGGCGGGGAAGUGGGUGCUUCACCGCUCCUACCUCGAAGCUUGCAGGACUGCUGGGCGCUUCGUGCCGGAAGAAGACUACGAGUGGGGAAGCAGUUCCAUCCUGGAUGCUCUGACCGGAAUCAGCGCGCAGCAGCGGCAGCUAGCCCUUGCAGCAAUGAGAUGGAGGAAGAGAAUCCAGCAAACCCAGGAGGCGGGCGUUGCUGAGGGAGCAUUUAGCGGGUGGAAGGUUAUUUUACAUGUUGCUAAUCCGUCCCGAGAAGCAGGAUUCAAACGUCUGCUUCAGUCCGGAGGAGCUAAGGUGCUACCUGGUCAUUCUGUGCCUUUAUUGAAAGAAGCCACUCACCUCUUUUCUGACGGAAAUAAACUGAAACCUGAUGACACAGGAGUUAAUAUAGCAGAAGCUGUUGCCCAGAAUGUGUACUGCUUGAAAACAGAAUACAUUGCUGAUUACCUUACGCAGGAAACCCCUCCUCGAGUAGAAAAUUACUGUCUACCAGAAGCUGUUUCAUUUCUUCAGAAUAAUAAGGAGCCUGGGUCUGGAUUGUCACAAAAGAGAAAAGCUCCCACAGAGAAAAAUAAUACCAAACGACCUAGAGUGCACUAAUCAGAUCUACUCCGAGUUACCAAACAGUAGAUGUUUUUAAACUAAUAGCCUCUUACUGUGAUGGAUUUGUGUAAUAAUGUAGAGACAAGUACUUGAAGAAUUUAGCUUCAGAGUAUAAUGAUGACUCUGCUUGAAGUUAGUUUUUUUUAACACCUGAAAUUUUAAUCAGUGAAAUAUUAACUGUCCCUGAAUGGAGAGCUACCUGGAAGAAGAAACAGCCCCUUGGCUGACUUGCUGUUAGACUGCCUGACGUGUGCAGGAGGCUUUGUAUGUAUGUAUUCUCUUGUAAAUAUCUGAGGCUAGCACUUAGUGGGAGUUUUAUUAGCAAGGUGAUGGAUUUUGCCUUAAAAUGUGUGCUUUAAUUCAGAACAAGGAAGCUGUCAAUUGGAAUUUAUUUAUGUUUUCCCUGAUUUUUAACUUCUCACCAGUUUACCUCUUUUUAACAGGAGCCUGAGCACAGGGUUUAACGAAGACUGAGGCUUUAAACUUAAAACGUGCGUGUAUAUGUGUAUGUGUAUGUGUACAGACCUCCAUGAUGUGUGCUAGGUCUGGGUGCCAGACUUGGGGAAUAAAGACAAUAAAGAAUAAAAGUAGUGACUCAGACUAGUUUUAAGGUAGGUAAGUUCUUGAAAAGUGUUCUGGCAUUCAUUCUCUUGUUGAAGCAACAAUUGUAAAACUACUUAACAGGCAAAUGUUGCUAGUUAUGUUUCUGGUGUUUUUUAUUUACUUACUUAGAAUAUUGUUCGAUUGGGUUAACACAAACCUUAUUAGAACCACAAAGUUGCAUCGGCCUUUAUUACCAGCUACUGCGUGCAUUGCCAUAGGCUCCCAAGUAUACAGCUACCUCCUUGUGUUUAAGGCACAGGUCAAAAUCAGAACCGUAAUUUGUUCAAUUCCAAUAACUCUUCCUUUGAAAGGCAUAUUCAGACAGUGAAGGAUCCAGGUUCUUAUCCUAGGCCAGUGAUUUUCAACCUCUUUCAUCUCAUGGCACACAUAAACUAAUUACUAAAACUGCGGCACACAAAAAAUUUUUUCCACUGACCAAAAAAAUACAUAAUUUUAAUUUGUUCACAUUGGACAUCUUUUAUGUUGGCUGGUGUCUUCCCUCCCCCGCCCCCCAAAUCUGAGGAAAAGAGGUUGGUGUCCCUGGUGUUAAAUAGGUGUUUAAAAGUCCUACAACACACUGGCUGCAAAUCACUGACCUAGACAGAAAUCCUGGAAAGAGUAGGGUUCUCCCUGCUGCUCAAGAGUUGGCCCCUUGCCCUGGUCUAGGCAUGUACAGGAGGCAACUGGUGGAUCUUUCUCCCUCAUUUGUUCUUUUAGCAUGUACGUAUAUUUAUAUAAAAUCUCCUCAGGUGGGCAGUAAAGAAUUGGCUCCUGAAUGCAUUUAGGUUUGAGCUAAUUCACAGUUUAGGACAGUACAGAUUCCUGCACAGCUUUGCCCAACAGAAACCCUCGUGGGCCUGGUUUCAUCAGAGCCAUUUAGUGUCAGCGGGGUCAUUUCACAGACAGUUUGCAGUACAUUUCCAUGAAUCUCACCAAUUAAAAAUUCUUUGACGUAGUUAACACUCCUCAAAACUUCUUGAUGAACACACUGAUAAAUGUUAUCCUUUUUCUAUCCAAAAUAAAAUUACCUAAUGUAUCAUUUCCUGCUAAAAUUACCAUUUUCCCAGCUUGUCUUAUUGACACACAGUUUACAGUUUGAAGGCUCAUGAUCUCAGCUCCUCUGAGUCCAGAAUCCGUCCGCACCCUGCAUGGACCAUCCCGAUUCUGCCCUCGACUGGGGCUGGAAAAACCCUGAUGCCAGCAAGGCCUUCCUGCAUGCAAAUCAUUUCAAGGGUAGAUAGUUCUCUCAUUUAAAAAGGAGAGGGAAAAAAAGACUUCCUUUGAUUAUCCUAACUCCUAGUUUCUCCUCAGAAUUGCUAUAGUAUUUUAACCUGUGAUACAUUAGCACUUUAUAUUCCUCCAUGAAUUUCUUUACACUGUAGUCUAAGCUCACCGACACUCAUUAACUCAACAAAGGGUGACGCCUCAGCCUGUGAGGUGCUGCCGGGGAUUCAGGAACACAUGACUCGGACCACGUGCUCUCAAGUGUCAAAGAGGUGGGGUCUUCAGUGUAUUUAUGGUGUCACGGGCUGCAUAGUGUGUCUCCUCCCUUCCCUAACACACACGUUGAAGUCCUGACUCCCAGUGUGACUGUGUUAGGUCACAGGGCCUUGAAGAAAGACACCACCCAGCCAGUACCUUGCCCUCUAGCCUCCAGAACUGUGGGGCGUUACUGUUGUUUAAGCCGCCCAGUCUGGUGUUUUACGGCAGCUCAACAGGUUCAUACCAUGUCGUAGUGCAAAGGUCAACCCAGGGCCAUAACACCUGGAUAUGGACUCGGGCACGAUUUUGUAUGUGUGCAUUUUUAGGAUAGAGCUCAGUUUUAGAAUUCAGAUCUGAGACUUCCCCUCCAGCCUUCACCCAGAGGUGCUUUAAUACAUACUGUAUCAUAUCAGAGUUUGGCGAACUUUUUCUCAGAUACUAAGCAUUUUAAGCUUUCUUGGCCAGGACUUUUUUUUUUUUAGAGAUUUUACUUAUUUACUUUUAGAGAGUGGGGAAAGGUGAGAAACACCAAUGUGUGGCUGCUUCCUGCACACCCCAUACUGGGGGCCUGGCGGUGGGGGAAUGGGUGAAAAAGGUGAAGGGAUUAAAAUGUACAAGUUGGUAGUUCCAGAAUAGUCACAGGGAUAUACAGUAUGGUAUAGGAAAUACAGUCGAUACUGUAAGAACUAUGAUGUCAGGUGGGUACUAGAUUCAUCUGGGUGGUCACUUAGUAAGCUAUGUGUCUAAUCACUGGGUUGUACACCUGAAACUAACUAGUUGAACAUAAAAAAUUAAAGUAGGAAAAAGUAAAUGCAGGAAGAGCAGGGUAGCCCCGUGCAGACUCGGCCAGCCCCUCAGCGCCUGGGCAGGAGGCCUGGCCUGCCCUCAAGCCCCCCACCCCCACCCCAGGGCCAGGCCUUGCUCCGUGUUGGGCAUAAGGUACAUGCAGCCUGAACAGACCAUGGCAGCAGCAUUCAAAAUGAGCUGCAUGGGGCUGGUGUGCCUAUAAAACUAUGAGGGACUCUUGUGAUGGAACUGUUGGUAGCUUGCUUUUUUAUAUAAACUUGAAGAUAGAAGUGGCUUCACUGAACAGUUUGUGAGUGGGGCUGCAUAUCCAGCGCGCAGGGAGAGGCCCCGACUUGCUGUAUCGGGACCUCGGGGAUGUCGGCGUCCUGGCUGUCGUGUGCCGUGUGGGUUCACAAGAGGUUACAGCUGGGGAAACUGGAUGGGGUCACUGUAUUUCUAAGACUGUAUGCUAAUUUACAAUUAUCUCAAUAAACUUUCAUUUUUUAAAAGUUUG